GUCAUAUGACUGCACGUGAUGCACGUGACCUCACCGUCUACGUUAACUCGCGCCGUUCUAUCCUGUUCUUCUGAAGUUCUGAGAGUUCACGAGGGAAAGAUGUUGCUUUGCCCACAACACCGCCACCAGCAUUUAUAUCCCUCCGCCCAUGUCUCCGGCUGCCACCGUCGCCGCUAUAACCCUUCCGAUACAUCAAAUAAUCUCCACUUCACCACUACCAUUGCAACUGGACGCUCUAAAGUUUUGGUUGUCUCUUCCUCUGUUCUCCAUCGCGACCAUCAAACUGCUCAGACACCAGACCACGAGGAUACAGGAAGAAACGAACAAAUUCUCAGAAAGCACAACGCAAGGUCCACGGCUCUCCUUCUCCGUCACGUCUCUCAGCUACCGGAAGACUUGGAGCCGAAAGAUGAGGAAGAAGAAGAACAACAAGUAAUAGUAGCAAAAACAACACUUGAAGAAGAAGAAGAAGAAGAGAAAAUAAGACUCUUGGAGAUGUCCCUCGUAAAAAGAAGAACCCCUCAAUUUCCAGGAUCCAUCUACUUACGAUCCCAUGGUGGGGCCGAAAGUGGAGCAUCUCCCCCACCUCUUCACCAACUAUUCCGAGGGGAAAUCCACGAUAUCGAUGACGACAAAAUGCUAAUUCAAGCCAUUGAAAUACGGCGUAAGGUUACCGCUGAGAUUUUCAAGGAAGCCAUGCGCGGUGGCAGGUUCAGUAUUACUUACUCCACCAAUUUGGUGUCUAGUUUGCCCGACUUCAUCGACUACAUCAUGAUUGAAGCAGCUUCCAUGAAGCGCUUACCAGAUUUCUCGCACUCCACCUUCAAUGCCCGCGCUAAGACCGUCAUAAGCAAUUCCAAUGUCAUUCCUCUUAUCAGGUGGUUGAAGCACAACUCAUUGACUUAUCCCCAAAUUGGGAAGCUUAUUUGCAAGUGUUGCCGAAACCUAGAGUCAAUAAGGCAGCUGGUUGAUUGGUUGAAAUCGAUUUAUGUGAAGGGGGAGUUGAUUGGUGCCACACUUGUAAAGGCUGGACCAACUGUUCUAGAGCGCAACACUGAAGAGCUGGAUAAGAUUGUUGGUUAUCUAGAAAGUAAUGGAGUCAGGAGGGAAUGGAUGGGGUUUGUUGUUAGCCGAUGUCCCCAACUUUUGUCUUACACCUUUGAAGAGAUCAAAUCACGUGUGAGUUUCUAUUUGGACAUGGGUAUGAACCAGAAGGAUUUUGGCACCAUGGUCUUUGAUUAUCCAAAGGCACUCGGAUUCCUAACCCUUGAUGAGAUGAACGUUAAGGUUAAUUACCUUAAAGAGUUUGGCCUUAGUACUGAAGAGGUUGGGAGAUUACUAGCAUUCAAGCCACAAUUGAUGGGUUGCAGCAUUGAGGAGAGGUGGAAGCCUUUUGUUAAGUAUAUGUAUUACCUUGGGGUUCGCCGAGAUGGUAUGAGGAGAAUACUUACAAUAAAACCAAUGGUUUUCUGUGUUGAUCUGGAGACAACUAUUGCACCAAAGGUAAGAUUUCUACAGGACAUAGGCAUCCGUGAAGACGCCAUUGGAAGCAUGCUAGUCAAGUUCCCGCCAUUAUUAACAUAUAGCCUCUACAAGAAAAUUCGCCCAGUGGUCAUUUUCUUGAUGACAAAAGCUGGUGUCAGCCAGAAGGAUAUUGGGAAGGUUAUAGCAUUAGGGCCAGAACUAUUAGGGUGCAGCAUAACACACAAGCUGGAGGUUAAUGUGAAGUACUUCCUGUCAUUGGGCAUUCCUCUUCUAUUGCUAGGAGAGAUGAUUGCUGAUUUUCCCAUGCUAUUGCGAUAUAAUUUGGAUGUCCUCCGCCCAAAGUACCGUUACUUGAGGAGAAUUAUGGUCCGCCCAUUGCAGGACCUGAUUGAGUUUCCCAGGUUUUUCAGCUAUUCCCUUGAUGGAAGGAUAAUUCCAAGGCACAAGAUUAUGGUUGAAAACCGGAUAAAUUUCAAACUGCGUUACAUGUUGGCAAGCACCGACGAAGAGUUUAAGCAACGUGUAGAUGCUGCAGUGGAAAGGCGGCGAAGAUUUGAAUCCAAUGUCCCUGGCAGUCCUUCCAAUUCUUGAGCAACCAAUAGAUCCAUGGAAAAAGAGCCCAGUUUUUCUCGCUAACAAAAAACUUGUUUUCAGAGGAAAGAUAAGAAAUACGGCCAUACAGGUGACAUUGAUCCAUAGAAGUUGUUCAUGGAGAAAGAGCCCAGCUGAUUUAUUCAAGAAUUAUCGCGGGUUCCUGUCAAUGGAGUAGAUCUCUGAAGUGAAAAUUUUCAAGCUCCCAAUAUGUAUAGAAAAUGUAAUUAAAUGAUACGAGGUUUGCAUCUAAUCCAAUGCCAACUUGAUCAUAA